GGAGCUGAGCUGUUGCGCGCGCCCUGGCAAAGCGAUAAGCAAAAGCGCACAGAGCUGCGAGUUGCAGAGAGGAGGAGGAGAGAAAGCUCAUCUCAGCGGGAGGCAGCUUUUAUAGCAACCUGACACAGAUAAACGAGGAAUAUGCAGCAGCGUGUCGCCUUCCCAAAUGGUUUGCCUUCAGUUUCGUGAUCCCAGGCUGUCCAACUUUCCACCGGCGGGAGAUGUGAUCAAGUCGAUCCAAAAUGAACGAGACCGGAGUACUAACUCUGGCUCCGGAGCCAUGUGAGCAGCAAAUGACACCGGAGGACAACAGUGGGAACUGUAGUGUGAGUUCUGGCGAGAACCUGUCGCUGCACUGCUGGCUGCAGCUGCUCACCAAGGAGUCCAAUGCGGAAUUCCAAGGGGAUACUUCCAGCCUGGUGGUACGUGUGAUGAUUGCGUGCGUCUACUCUGUCGUCUGCGCGUUGGGGCUGGUGGGGAAUGUGCUGGCACUGUAUCUGCUGCACUCACGUUACAGACAGAAGCAAUCGUCUAUCAACUGCUUCGUGAUGGGGCUGGCUAUCACCGAUCUGCAGUUCGUCCUGACUCUGCCCUUCUGGGCGGUGGACACGGCUCUGGACUUCCGGUGGCCUUUUGGCCGAGUCAUGUGCAAAAUUAUCAGCUCCGUGACCACCAUGAACAUGUACGCCAGUGUUUUCUUCCUCACUGCCAUGAGCGUGGCACGUUACUAUUCCAUCUCAUCUGCGCUGAAGAUGCACAGCAGGAGAGCAGCGGCCACCCGCGCCAAAUGGACCAGCCUGGGCAUCUGGGUUGUGUCUCUGUUGGUCACGCUGCCACACGCUAUUUAUUCAACCACCGCCCAGGUGUCGGAUGAGGAACUUUGCCUGGUGCGCUUCCCGGAUACGGCAAACUGGGACCCGCAGCUCCUUUUAGGUUUGUACCAUCUGCAAAAGGUCCUUUUGGGCUUCCUCAUCCCUCUGAUCAUCAUCAGUGUCUGCUACCUACUUCUCUUGCGCCUGGUCCUCAGCCGCCGCAUUUCAGGUGCCGGCGGCCCAGAGGUGGAGCAAGGUCGUCAAAACCGUCGUUCCAAAGUCACCAAAUCCAUCGUGAUUGUGGUUCUGUCCUUCUUUCUGUGCUGGCUUCCCAAUCAGGCACUGACCCUGUGGGGAGUGCUGAUCAAGUUUGAUCUGGUGCCCUUUAGCAAGGCUUUCUACAACGUGCAAGCCUACGCCUUCCCGUUGACCGUGUGCCUGGCGCACACCAACAGUUGCCUCAAUCCGGUGCUCUACUGCCUGAUCCGACGUGAGUUCCGGGCGGGUCUCAAGGAGAUUGUCCUUCACACCACGCCAUCUUUCAGGGGCCUGACUCAUCUGCUGAGACGCAAAGGCAAAGUGGCAGAGGCCCCCCCCGUUAUGGUUCUGGUCCAAAUGGAUGUGUGAGCAGCGGACAGAUGGCUGGUUUGAUAGCAUGAAGACAGUUUCCCAAUAGAUGGGGGCGCCUGUCAUUGUUUGUUUGCAAAGGAUGGCCUCACCCGAAUCCCUUCAAGACAGCAAAUGCCAACACCUUUAUUUAUAUUCCGCUUUUGUGAGCGUUAUCAUCAUGCUCGACGCAAUGGGACGUGGCCCACUUUUCCCCCUUUCCUCCAAGACUUUGUGCUGUUAUGUAAUCUUCUAUUUUUCUUGCCCAGUCUAUUUGUCCCUCUGUGACAGACACUACUCGUAAUGCCCCUUCUGGAAUGUAAUCAUAAAUAUGUAUCAAUGUCAAUCAUAAAUGAGAUUUUGAGAGUUACCACACUUGGCCAGGGGAUGAGCUCCGGGGUUACGUGGCAUAAUCCGAAUUUAGCAUCUGACACAGAGCUGACAGAAUUAAGGUAUCAGGCUUUUUACAGCUUAUGCCCUACGACGGAGGUGUGCAUUAAGAGCCAGUAAUGACUAAUACCUAAGCAUCUGAAGAAUGUCAUGGUUCCUGCAAUUGCCGUGUGUGUCCUUUGUCAAUGUGCACUGCUUUAUGUGGUGAUGUCACAACACCGUCAAAAGAUAUUUUCAAAGA